AUGCCUCCGACCACGCUCGCGCGCCUCUGCGCCGUCGUCUUGGCGCUUCUUAGCGUGCUGAUGACGGCGCGCGCGCAACCCCUGGCGGGGCCGCGGUGCGUGAACCGGUUUCCGCAGAAGCCGUUGUGCAAGUUCGUCGACGACCUCGCCGCAUCGCCGCUCACCUUCCUCGACGCGUCGGCCGGCGAAACCAUCAAACUCGGCGCCUACGACGCCUACCAGGCAAGUGUGACGAAGUUCCAUCGCGACCUGCCCGACACCAAGGUGUAUGCGUACGGCGUCUCCCGCAGCUCGGCGCGCUACCCGGGUCCCGUGCUCGUCGCGAAACGCGGCACGACCACCAAGUUUACCCAAGUCAUUUACCUCCUCCAAUUAUCCUCCUCCCAUGUGCCUUCAAGCACAUGCUUCCACUUCCUAGUCAUCAACCUCCACAUGCCUCUCAUUUAUUCCUUCCUUCCUUCCUUUCCCAAGUCACCAAAGUUGCCACCUCAUCCCUAA